CCAUGAACGCACCGCGACGCUGUUGACGCUAAUGGGUUUUCGCCUUUACGCCUGGAGGUGAGGUAUCGGCUCCGGUCCAGCUAACUUCACGACUAGCUAUGCCCGGAAAAUGCAAAUUCCAGGACUCGUGGCUCGCCAAGGAGAUCUACAAGGACUGGCUGGUGAAGGACAAACAAGACAUACACUUCGCUCGGUGCCAGGCCUGCUGCAAAUCAAUCAAACUUCAGACCAUGGGCGAGGCUGCUCUCACCAGCCACGCAGGGGGAGCCGGCCACAAAGCGGCCGUCCGCAAGCUGCUGGAAGGAGGCAGUUUGAUGUCGAUCAGUGUCGCUGGGCAGACGAACGGCAGCGUGAAUCGGGCGGAGGACAGCAAGGAGCACGUGGCCAUCUGCGUCCCCCGCGACACCUUGGACCGAAUAACGGGCGGCGACUGGUCGGACAUCCUCCACAGCCCCGCCGCGAACUCCACCUCCCACAAUGCAGAGCUGCAGGACGUGACAUUUAACGCUCCCUACUUCACGACACCAGGUUCCUCCCGGCUCCCUCAUCGUCUCCACCCGUCGGGCGGCGGCGGCGGCGACGGCAGCGACGACCCAGAGCCCUCCACUGGCUGCCGCCCGGCUCGACACGACCCCGCGGACCUGACGAGGCUGGAGAUCCAGCACAGGACGGAGGCUCUGGAGCAGCAGCAGCAGAUGAAGAUCCUGGAGUGGGAGAACAGGAUGAAGGUGCUGGCGUGGGAGCAGGAGCUGGUGAGGGAGAAGAGGAAAGCGGCGAGGCAGAAGGAGAAGGCGUUCAGGAUGAGGAAGGCCUACUACAAGGCCAAGCUAAAGAGGCUGGGGGAGGACGUGCCGCCGUCUUCCUCCAGCAGCAGCGACGACGAGGACAGAAGACGCGAUCAGACUGGUUGAUCCCCAACCAGUGUUUGUUUUUUUUGUUUUUUUUUAACCGUGCAUGUUUCAUUCUUGAUAUCAUGGAACUGUUGACUAUUUUUAUACAUUUAUACACGCUACUGAGAGGUAAAAGAAUGUUUAGCAAAAGAAUGUUUAAAGUAAUAUGAGACUGUUAUAUUAUAUUGUAAGGAUUUAAUUUGCACAUCUUGUAAAUCUGUGGUUUGAGUUUAUUCAGGUUAUUCUGGGUUAUGGUAAAUAAUGCACUGUACAAACGUAGAGAAUGACAGUCCUAAAGGACGAUCUUUUGUACCUGACGCCAACGUGGUUUCACUCUCACACUCACACCUACAGCCAGUUAAGAACCUGACAAGUUCUUUGGACGGUGGGGGGGAAGCCGGAGAGAACCCACACAGACACAAGGAGAACCUUCAAACUCCACACAGAACUACCACACCACUGUGCCGCCCUUUUUAGUGAAAAUAAUAAAAGAAAAUGGAAAAACCUGA